UUGCAACAAAAUGACUUGCCAUGCCACAUGACAUGCAAUUGAUGAGACUGCUUGGUGCUUGAAUUGGCUGUUUUUCGUGCCCGCGGUGGCUUGUAGAUGGGAUGUAGGAAUCUAGAAAUUGAGAGCAGAAUGAAUUCAAAGAAGUGUGAAUCAUGGGUUAGCAAAAAAGAAAUUGAGGGAAAGUGGAAAGAACCGUUCUUGGUGACAGUUUUGGGUGUGAGCUCUCCACAUAAUUUUGUACUACAUUUUUAGAUGAAUUGACCGUUUACGUAAAAGGUACACAAGUAAUUUUCCCAUGGGAUAAUAUGAACGAGAGUGACUGGAGUUAAUUUGACACCACAGGAUUGUGUCGUUCGCCACUGUAUGCUCCUGUGUGUUCGUACAAUCGUAAAUUUAUGUAAAACGAAGAAACCUAUCAGCUAAGAUUCUUUUGCGAUUGAAAGAUUUUUAAUUUCUUGAUAACAAUGGCGACAAGGAGGCCUUUGCAGCUUGCCUUGAGCAGGAUUUACAGUGGAAGAAGGAGCACCCGAAAUUUCUCUAACGCCCAACACGAAGCAAAUGAGGCGGCCUCAUCUUCUCAGCACCUCAUCAACAUGGAAACCGAGUGUAGCGCUCACAAUUACCACCCGAUUCCCAUUGUUUUCUCUCGUGCAAAGGGAUCAUCUGUCUGGGAUCCAGAAGGGAACAUGUAUCUUGACUUCCUCUCAGCAUAUUCUGCUGUCAAUCAGGGGCAUUGCCAUCCCAGGAUCAUGAAAGCGUUAGCAGAACAAGCUGAAAAUUUAACUCUUAGUUCAAGAGCGUUUUAUAAUGACAAAUUUCCUGUAUUUGCCGAACGCCUUACCAGCAUGUUUGGUUAUGAAAUGGCGCUGCCAAUGAACACUGGUGUAGAAGGAGUAGAGACAGCUUUGAAGUUGGCAAAGAAAUGGGGCUAUAUGAAGAAAGGAAUACCAAAAGAUGAGGCUAUAAUUGUCUCAUGCUGUGGUUGCUUUCAUGGACGUACACUUGCUGCUAUUUCCAUGAGCUGUGAUCAUGAGGCAACUCGUGGAUUUUGGCCUUUGUUGCCUGGCAAUCUUAAAGUUGAUUUUGGUGAUGCAGCUGCACUGCAGAAGCUAUUUAAGGAAAAGGGAGACCGGAUAGCUGGCUUUUUAUUUGAACCCAUCCAAGGAGAGGCUGGGGUUAUAAUUCCCCCGCAUGGUUAUCUCAAAACUGUUAGAGAUCUUUGCUCAGAAUUUAAUAUUCUAAUGAUUGCUGAUGAAAUACAAAGUGGGUUAGCACGAUCUGGGAAAAUGCUGGCAUGUGAUUGGGAGGGGGUCCGUCCUGAUGUUGUUAUAUUGGGAAAAGCAUUGGGUGGCGGAGUGCUACCUGUAAGCGCAGUGCUAGCAGACAAAGAUGUGAUGCUUUGUAUUCAGCCAGGAGAGCAUGGAAGCACUUUUGGAGGAAAUCCUUUGGCCAGUGCAGUUGCCAUUGCAUCUCUAGAUGUAAUAAGAGAUGAAGGUCUUGCAGAGAGGUCUGCUCAGAUGGGAGAGCAACUGAGACAACAAUUAGUUAAGGUUCAACAGCAAUUUCCUAUAUUAAUAAAGGAAGUUCGGGGGAAAGGCUUAUUCAAUGCAGUAGAGCUGAAUAUGAAGGCCUUGUUUCCUUUGACUGCUUACGAUGUAUGCCUAAAGCUGAAGGAGAGGGGAAUUCUUGCUAAACCAACUCAUGAUUCUAUAAUACGUCUGACACCUCCUCUUUGUAUGAGUACCCACGAGCUCCAGCAAGGCUCAAAGGCAUUACAUGAUGUUUUGGAGGUUGAUCUACCAAAUAUGAAGACAAAAAAGCCUUUAACGGUAUCCCACACGGCAUCUGCUAAUGCAUGUGACCGGUGCGGGCGCAAUUUGUAUGCUGCUAAGUAGAGUUUGCAUCACUACAGAUUUAGAUGGAGAUUUGAGAAUACUAAUGCAGUUUGAACUCUGUAAUUUAUUUCCUUGGUUCUCUACUUCCAGCAUGAGCAGUGCUCUAAAUAAUGUCAUGCGGCCUCUAGACCAGGAUGAAUUGCGUAAUUGUGCAUACGCUUUUAGCCAGGUCUGAAAUAAGCAACAAGUUGAACGCAUUCAAGGAAUUCUUAAAGCCAAUGCAUGAUUUUUUAGAACAUUUAGUGUGUGCUCUGGUAUGACUAGGCUGGACACGUAGUUCUGGGCCUCUGGCUGGACGGUUAUGAUACCCAAACGGCCAAUCAAUUGUUGUUUUGUUUCUUGUCCGGUCCCAUGUUUGAAACUAACGAAGAACAACUUGCAAAUCAUAAUUUUGUAAUUGUUUGGAAUUCUGAGUCUAACGUGUGUUUUCUUUUGUUCCAUGCGUUUCUGCUUCCCUUUAUUUCCUUUUUGUUCGUAAUUUCUAUCCAAACUUUACUCAUGUCACUUACGGAAAGUCGAAUGGAAUGAUAUUUGGUUG